AUGACCAUUGUCCGAGCUACCAGGCAACUGUCCGCACAGAAGGCGCAGUGUUCAAUCUGUCUCGAAGACUACCUCAGCACCCCCGACGGCCGCGAAAAGGUGAUACCAGUCAAGAUUGGGUGUUCUCAUAUCUUCUGCCGAGAAUGUAUUGAGACGCACCUCUCCUCGAGUACGAAGUGCCCACUACCUUGGUGCGAUGCGUAUCUGCCCUUACGACCAGAUGCGUGCGAGUUAUGCGCAGCAUGGGCGAGAGAGAAUGCGGCUGCUGGAUCACUUGUAGUGACAGUACGUGCUAGAGAGAUGCUCGGUAGUAUCAAGGAUGCCCUUCGACAGCUCGCUCAAGACGACGACGUCUAUACACUACCAAAGCAAGCAGAGAAACGACUCCUCGCUCAUGUUCGCACCACCCUGAAGCGAUACGAAUGGCAGUUUCAUACGGGUAUCGACCUUGCUGAGCUGCUGGAUCCUUUUUUGCUCGCCAUCAACAUCGCAGAUGCGCGCAAGCACUAUGGCUCAGAGCUCAGCGCACCCAAACUCGAGCGUACCCACUUCCCACCUCGCGAGCACGGUUCCGACGACUAUCCUCCUGGCGAAGAACCCUGGAUUGCGGCCUUCUUCAGGCAAUGGGCGUUGGACUACGAGAAGGAGAAUGGAGAAAUGAAGGAGGGCUGGGGCGUCUGGUCUAUGAAGGCAGAUGAUGAGGCGAGUUGGGAAUGGCCAUACAAGCGGAUACAAGCACACAAGACUGGCAGUGAUGGCCAUAUGGAAUACCUUGUCAAAUGGGUAGGGCAGCGUCACUUGGCGUCUUGGGUCAAGAGGGAGCAGCUCGUUGCCGAGGCUCGCGACAUCUACGACAAGGCACAUGGGGUAUCUCAUCGCUUAGAGGUGAUUGAGGGGCGUGAUUAA